AUGAGACAUAUAUGGCAUGUUAAUAAUGCCACCACACACAACGUGCACUACCGACAAAGGAGCGCAAAAUCGUUAUUGGGAGCACUGCCGCUCGAAGAGGGUUCAGCCAGACAUAAUUGGACAAAAUACAAUAUAUACGGCCAAGCUAUGACGCGCCAGAAAAUAUCCGUAUGGUAUGCAAUAGACAUGGGAAAUGUAGCAUCAAUGUUUCCGCAGUUUGAAUGCGAACUUGCUAAGACGGACGGAAGAACAGAAGUACUUCCGUUGAACGUAUCAAUUAUUGUCCUGUGGGCUGGAGAGACAAAAAAAGAAGCGGAAAGAAAGCUUGGCUGA